UGUCUGCUCUCAGAAAAACCGUCGUUGUUUGUUCUGAUUAAGCGAUGUCUGCCACCGAAGAAGUCCAAGCUCCAGCCGUCGAGGCCCCGCCGGCGACGGAGGAACCCAUCAAGGCUGAAGAGAAGCCGGUGAGGGGGAAAAAGCUCGGAGAUCUGAAAGAGAAGAAGCCCAGACAGACCAAAGCCAAAGCCAAACCCAAAACUGCUGCCCACCCUCCUUAUUUUCAGAUGAUCAAGGAGGCACUGUUGGCUCUGAACGAGAAGAGUGGCUCGAGCCCAUACGCCAUAGCCAAGUACAUGGAGGAGAAGCACAAAGCGGUGCUUCCGGAAAAUUUCAAGAAGACUCUGGCUCUGCAACUCAAGAACUCGGAGGCGAGAGGGAAGCUGAUCAAGGUCAAGGCCUCUUACAAGUUGUCUGUGGCAGGGAAGAAGGACCAAAGCACUGUCAGAAGAACAACUCGAUCUUCUAAGCCCAAGGAAGAGGAGAAGAAGAAGAAGACCAUGACCAAGCCUAGGACCAAGGCUGUUAAGGCAACUGCUACUCCGAAGAAGAAUAAGCCGGCGAAGAAGAACAAGAAAUCGAGCGCAACAAGGCCGAAGCAGCCCAAAUCGAUAAAGAGCCCGACUGCUAAGAAACCCAAGAAGGCUGCUGCUUGAGGCGUGUCGGGAAGUUGUAUAUAAGUCUAGUGGUAAUAAGUUGAAGAAGGUUAAUUAAUGGUUCUGGUGUUUUAGGACUGUUGCUCUGUUUCUGUUUUGGGAAUGUGAUGAAUGUUUAGGUUAUGAAUUGCACGGGGUCUUUAAUAUGGUAGCUUUUGGGUUUAUGAUGGAAUGAAACAGACUUUUUCUAUU